AUGGAUCAUUACUUAUCGAACAUAAAUAAUGAUGGUAAAUAUGACGCUAACCAAAAUUCGAAUGCCAAUAAAGUUUUCAAUUUCAAGCUGGUUCUACUAGGAGAUACAUCAGUAGGGAAAUCAUGUAUAGUUGUCCGAUUUGCUAAAAAUGAAUUUUAUGAAUACCAGGAAUCGACUAUUGGUGCUGCAUUUAUGACUCAACUAAUUGAUAUUGGAGAAUGUACAAUAAAAUUUGAAAUAUGGGAUACAGCCGGACAAGAAAGAUAUCGAAGUUUAGCACCUAUGUAUUAUAGGGGUGCAGCAGCAGCAGUUAUUGUAUAUGACAUUACAAAUAAAAAAUCAUUUGAAGGUGCAAAGGGCUGGAUCCAUGAACUAAAAUCAGUUCAUUCAAACGACAUUGUGAUAGCACUAGCAGGAAAUAAAUGCGAUUUAGAAAAAAACAGGGUCAUUGACAAAGAACUAGCUGAGUCCUUUGCUAAUAGCAACAAUAUUUUGUUCAUUGAAACAUCAGCAAAAACAGGAACCAACGUUAACGAUUUAUUUUUGAAAAUAGCUAAAAAGCUACCUCGCAACAAAAAAGACAAAGAUACGUUUGGUGGAAUUCAGAUUAACAGUACUGAAGAAACCUCUAAAAAAUGCUGUUAA